GUCGGGCGGCUACCGUGAGUAGGAAAUUCGGGACGAUCGAUCGUGGCCGUGUGUGGAUUUCUUCUAGUCUGCCAGUCUUGGGUCAACAUACUUUGAAAAACAGUGUGGAAUCCGGAGAAUACAGGGUGCCCUGGAGGCGGCGCAUUUGAAUGACUUGUGCAUUCCACAUGUGCAUUUCAUGGCUGGCUAGAUUGGACCGAAAUCAUCCAUCCACAUGGUCUGCUAAGAAUAUACCAACCGGUGAAGGUGCUUGCACGGUUUAAGCAAGGAAGAGAUCACUUUACUUCUUCAUACGUACACACGUCGUGACACGGCUCAUUCGAUCGUCAGCCAUUUUAGUCGAACGCGCGUGAAACUUCUGCCGUGAUAAUUCUGCAGCUCGACGACAAUGUGACAAGGAAUUUCACGAAUUUCCCAUUAGCUGCGGUAUUUUUUUCGCUUCUGCUGCUGCUAUCAAUUUGUUCUUACAAAAAGCGAAGGCGGUCCGAAGAUAGACAAGGAUACAAAUCUACGAAUAAUACAAACCACGAAUAAACAUCAUAGCAACGAAUUUAAGGCCAGAGUCAAUCCUUCGGGAUUUGAAGGAAAAGGUGAAACACAAUAUUUCGAGUGAUACAAGUGUAAAAGUGUGGCAACACAAAUCACAGCCAAUCAAGGGCCACAACACAGUACUUGCUCGAAGAGAUCAACUUCACUUAGGCCAUUUUGGUUUAAAAAUAGGGAAAAGUUAUUUAUAGGCCGCGGCAACACAACACACCAACACCAAAAGCAUCGGGCGGGCGAAAGGAGAAGGCCGCAUCGUCUAUUUAUUUAGUAGGUGUCUGAGGGGGUGCGUACUAGUUUAAGCCAAGCCAAUCCCAACGAAAAAACCGCAGCGGGCGGCCAGCAACACUCGCAUUUUGGGUAACAAACCAGAAUAAUGACCCUCUCGGCAGGAUCGCCAAUGAAUCGGGAGCGAGUAAUCACUUUUGAGUAAUAACAACAACACGUUUUAUCAUCUGUUUGAAUUUGGCAAAUCAGGUCUCGGCUUAAAAUAACGAGAGAAAAAAGUUCCCCAAUCGUAACUGAACUGUAAAGUAUUAACAAACAUAACAAUAACACGCAAAAGUAUUUUCGGGUGGCGAGACGAAAAAAAGAGUUGAAAAAUUUGUUUGCACAGCGUUGUUGGAGGAAAAACAAAAUAACUGAUAUCGAAUAUUUGAAAGCACAAAACCAAGAAAAUAAAUGUGUCACACACGUUGGUGAAGUGAAACAAAUGUAAAUCGUAGAAGAAAACAACCCAACAUAGUGCAACCCAGAAGUUACGUGUUCGGUACACGCGUGCCGUCGAUUUUCGUGAACAUUUUUGGUGAAAUUUUGUGUGUGCGGACAUCUCCCUGGAGUAAAUAGAACAGCAAUGGGACUGGAAGGGUUACAGACAAGACAGAACGGAGGGGGUGGUUUGGGAGCGGGAGGUGGUGGAGGAGCCAGUAUGUAUUCUCCGACUUCUCUACAGUGGUAUUAUCUGCCAAACGUGGAUCACUCGAGUGAUUCGAUACAGAACUCGAAGCUAUUUUCCACUUUAUGGAGUCCAUUCCCAACAUCUCAGAGUUACUCCAACGGGGAAUCUUUAUCGCCACUUCCCGAUAACAUCAACGACCUGUGUGAUCAUUUCACUGAACUCAAUCUGUUCGGAUUGAGUCAGCAAAACCAUCAAAACCAUUCGCCCAGCAGCGUUCAACAACCGCUGGGAAGUCCCAUUCUUAACAACUGCAACAGCAACAACAGUAGGGGAUACUCACCGACGGCUGGAGUUGGGUUUUUCAACAACCUGGGCAGCGGCCAGCGCCUAAAUGGACUAAUUUCCAACGGGUCCUGCUCCGAUGGAAGUCUUCAUUAUCAACAACAGCACCACCACCAUCAGCAUUCACUGUUGGGUUUCAACGGUCAACAGAAUCAACAGAAGUACAGCAAAAUUCCUCCCGCAAAUUAUUUAUGUCAUUUGUGCUUUAAGAAGGGCCACUACAUUCGAGAUUGUCCUCAGGCUCGUCCCAAGGCUGAAGGCAAAACACCAUAUCAGGGCAAAAAACGGUGCUUCGGCGAGUACAAGUGCCCAAAGUGCAAAAGGAAGUGGAUGUCCGGGAAUUCCUGGGCCAACCAUGGGCAGGAGUGCAUCAAGUGCCAUAUCAACGUUUACCCGCAUAAACAGUUCCUUUCGUUUCAGCGUCCCCUGGAGAAACCCGAUGGCUUGGACGUGUCGGACCAAUCGAAAGUACACCCACAGUUGCUGUGCGAAAAGUGCAAAACCCUCGGAUAUUACUGCCGACGGAUCCAGUAGUAGGACCAGCAUUUUAACUUUUUUUUUUACUGAAAUAAUACGAAUAUCGAAACAUUUAAACCACUAAAUCACACUUAUAAGCUCGCUCAUUUGUUGAGCCAAACCACACAAAUAGUCAGUCAAGUCAUCAGCAGUGCCUUUAUAUCUACUGUAUAUCUAAGUGUUGUGCCAUAAUUUUGUAAGGAAGUGUGAGUGUUUUUUGAGGGUCCUUAAGAUGAAAUCGACUAGCGGAACUGAAUUUAUGCAAGCAUAUUUGCUCAUAUGAAGAACUUUAUCCCUUUUUAUAGAUGGAAACUUUUGUUUGUUUUUUCUUCGAAACGAGAGAAAGAAAAAGUUUUGUUUUACUGAGACUUAUCACUUAUUAUCGAACUUACCUAUCGAACGGCGAACAAAAAUUGAAGUACGCUCAGCUGCCAGUUGAAGAAAACUUAUUUGUAUAUAGUAAUGCUCUAUCGUGUUUUAUUUUCAUUUUUACUUUCUCGAGUCUGUUUGUACUGAUCAACUAUUCUAUCGUUUUUUCAAGAGAAUUGUUAUCUCAAGAAAAGAAAGGUUUCUUGUAUCUCCAUAUCUGAGCGUAUCCAGUUUUAUUGAGUUGAUAUUGUUACCAAGCUACUUAAACUGUCUGUCGCAUUAUACGAAUAUAUACGAAUGUUCAUUUUCGAA